AUGUCAGACACUUUUUUCGGGUCAAUCGGGAAGGAGUGCACCAUAUACCGUGACGAGGCAGGAUUCGAUGACAAUUUCAAGCUCGACAUCGAUUUUGCGAAGAUAGAAUUUGAGGAAACCCUAAACGUCUCAGAAGCGUCCUCCAUAUUUCAUGUCAACUACUGUGGCAAGCCACGGGUCUUGAAAGUGAAAGCUGUGAUUGGCAUUCAGCAAAUUCAUCUGGCUUUAGUCGAGCAUAAUGAUCCUUACCCAAAAAAUAUUCUCAUUGUUCCUGGUGAUCAAGAGAGGGUUAUAUGGGUUGAUUUUGAUGUUGCGAUUGUUUAUCCCAACGACACAUACAUUGAAAAGAAGGGACGUGGCCGGAUUGAGUUUGAAACCGAACCUGCGCUGGGGCACACACACAAAAAGGACUGCAUUAUAGAAGCCGCCAGUCAUUAUCCGCCGCGCCUAACAUCCCAAGAUACCAAAGUCCCAGCAGAAUAG